AUGGUUGAAUCGUCAGAGAUGGAUGAGAGGAUUGCAGAUCGGUUGCGGUACCCGGGCAGGAAGCGUGUGUCGGGGUUCGUCGGGGUAUUGACCGGUUUCGGCCGCAGCGGCACGAGGCGCGCGCUGCUUCGCGAGACGUGGUUCCCUGGCACGCCCGAGGAGCACGCGCGAGUGGAAGCAGCAACGGGGCUGGUGUUUCGGUUCAUAGUGGGGCACGGAAGCGUGGAGGACGAGGAGAUGCUGCAGGCGGAGAACAGCACUCACAGGGACUUCUUUCGUGUUGACGUGCAAGAGUCGUACCUCAAUCUAAACCGCAAGAUUCUGCUGUUCUUCACGACGGCCUUCAAGCUCUAUGAAGCCAAGUACUACAUCAAAAUAGACGACGACAUUUUCCUCAUGCCAGAGCGCCUCUCUGCUCUGAUCGCCAAGCCAAGGGCGUCACCUCGAACGUACCUGGGAUGCUUCAAAAAGGGAAAUGUGAUCACUGACCCCAAGAAGAGGUGGUUUGAGCCCCAGGCGUGGCUGCUGGGGGCGGAGUAUCACCUGUAUGCAUCGGGUGCCAUCUACUUGCUCUCCUACGACGUCGUCCAGAUUCUCAACUCCAUCCCCAAGGGCAGGAUGAGAAUGCUCGUGAACGAGGAUGCGAGCAUGGGAGCGUGGAUGCUUGCCUUUGACGUGUCUCACGAGAAGACGCCGUCUCUCUGCCAGAAGAGGUGCUCGCGCUCUGCAGUGGCCAUCUGGGAUGCCCAGUGUUCCGGCAUCUGCCAUAUUGAAAGGCGCAUGAAGGAGUUACAUACAAACGGUGCCUGUACUGGGAAAGGACGAGUUUAG